GGUGACACCGCUGCUGCUCCUCGCUGUAGUUACCGAUGGUCUGACAUCAGCUGGCAGAGAUGCCGUUCAAAGAUCUCCCCCGAGAGGCCCUGCUGCGGCCCCUGUCCCGGAAUGAGGUGGUGGGCAUGUUGCUGAGGUUGACCAUCUUUGGUGCAGCCACGUACUACAGCAUCAAAUGGGUUCUAGACGCCAUGGAUCCUACUUCCAAACAGAAAAGCCAAGCCAAGAAAAGGGCAGAGCAGUUGAUGAAGAGGAUUGGUGUGGAGGGGGUAAAACUAACAGACUAUGAGAUGAACAUUGCAUCUCAACUAGUCGAUCCACAAACUAUGAAGGUGUCCUGGAGAGACAUCGCUGGUCUGGAUGAGGUUAUCAAUGAGCUGCAGGACACUGUCAUCCUUCCCUUUCAGAAACGACACCUCUUAGCUCGAUCCAAACUCUUCCAGCCUCCUAAAGGAGUUUUAUUAUUUGGUCCUCCCGGAUGUGGAAAGACCAUGAUCGCCAAGGCAACAGCCAAAGCUUCAGGGUGCAAGUUUAUCAACCUUCAGGCCUCCACACUGACGGACAUGUGGUACGGCGAAUCACAGAAGUUGACUGCUGCUGUGUUCUCAUUGGCUGCCAAAAUCCAUCCAUGUAUCAUCUUCAUUGAUGAAAUCGAGUCCUUUCUCAGGAAUCGCUCCAGCCUCGACCAUGAGGCCACAGCCAUGAUGAAAGCUCAAUUCAUGAGCCUGUGGGAUGGUCUGGACACAUCCUCAACCACCCAGGUGAUGGUGAUGGGAGCGACCAACAGGCCACAGGAUGUGGAUCCAGCCAUUCUGCGCAGGAUGCCCACCACUUUUCAUGUUGGUCUCCCGAACCCAAGACAAAGGCAGGACAUCCUGAGGCUGAUUUUAGCAGGAGAAAACUUGAGCAACGCCAUUAAUCUGAAGGAGAUUGCAGAGAGGACAGACGGCUACUCCGGCAGCGACCUGCGGGAGCUGUGCCGCGACGCUGCCAUGUACCGGGUGCGGGACUACGUCCGCAAGGAGCAGAUGAGGCAGAUUGCUCAGCAGCCACAGGAGUACGAGGAGGAUGAGGAGGAAAAUCUUCUGGAUGAGGAGAGGUUGCGACCGGUCACCCAGCUGGACCUCCUCUUCGGCCUGGACAAGAUGAAGGAGUCUAAGCAGGCCACAGUCUUCAUGUUACCCAGCGCUCAGGACGUUCCCCUGGACUAAACACCAACAACGCACCACUGGCAGGAAAACCUUAUCUUCUCAUUUUAUUCCAAAGUGUGUUCCAGCUCACAGAGCAGAGAAGACUCGAUCAUAUCUGAGGUGCUGUUGGGCAAAUUAACGGACAUCAAAGUCCUCUUUCUCAAACUUUAUUUAUUCCGACAGAGGUUGUUGUUCUGAGCAUGUUCCUUUUCAGCACAGCCUCACCACGUGUACAGUUACAACUCAGACUUCUCCUAGUGAGCCCUGACAGCUCCACUAGAGCAAUUUACUGUCACUGUCUUGCUCCAGUGCACCAGGACAGUUUCUCUGGGAGAGUACAAGGCAUUUAACAUAAAGUUUAUGAAUCUCAUAAGUCAGGAGACGUUCAACGUUUGGACUCCAGAUCAGUGUAACCAUCCUUCAACGUUUGCUGCUUGAUUUUUAAGGGCACUUGGAGAGUGCAUACCUCCGCCAAGGCUGAUUGGUCACUUUAUCUCCAUAUUUCAUGUUUGCAAAGUGUGAAAAAAUCCUGGAUUCCCUCGCUUAUCCGAUCCAGUAUUUAAUGGCUUCUUCCUUGGGUCAUGCUCCAUCCCUCCACAAAAUGUCAUGAAAAAUUGCUGGUCAUUUUUUUUCUAUUUCUGCUGACAGAAACAACAGAUAGACGGACAGAUAGACAGACAAAUUAAAAACAAGACUUCCUUUUUAGAGAUAACUAUCAAUCAGUCGUUUUAAAAUGAUUCAAGGACAUGAAUCAUUUUAAAACAAUAUUAUCCAAGUUCUUGAAAUGGUUCAGCUGAUCCCAAAGUCUCAUCACACAGUAGGCAAAUUUCAAAUGAGCGGACAUCUGGCGAAAAUUGACUUUCAGGAAGAUCACUAACCACUCACUGUAUAAGUAUUAAUCAUUAAGUCAUGAUGAAUGUACUUGUCUCAGUUUGAAAAGCACUCCAACUCAAUUUACUUGCUGUCGUCUUUACCUGAACCAGUUUUCAUUCUCCAGGUGGAUCUACUGACACUGUUUGGACUUUUUUUAAGUUAUCAAAAAAUGUAAUUUCAUCCCUCUCUUUCAAUUCUAAGCUUAAAUAUAUAGCUGAGUUUUCUUGUUUGAUCACAUCUCUGCUUUUGAAAGUGAGAGAGGAUACAUUUAGCCAACAUGAGGUUGUGUCUGCUUUGAUGUGAUGUUCCUCAUGUAAUGAGUUUCUGCUCUUGAGCAGUAAGUCAAAAUAUCCCUUUUUGUGAUAUUUUUACAGUUAUGUAAUGUAAUUUCAAGUAAACAAUUUCCUGCCUGUGGUCAUGAGGUCGACACUGCUCUGGAAACUGUCAGGGCACAAUAUGAACAUGAUGAAGAAGAGGAAGAGCAGAGUCAGGCAGCCAGGGGUGAAAUAUAACAGGUUGGCAGGAGCUGAGAUAAACACCACUACAUCCUUCCUCUGGGAAUACGUCAGCUCAUAGUCAUUGUACAUUGUGGCAGGACUGCUUUAGUUCUAGGCAUAAAGUCAAUCACCGCACUAUGUGUUUGGUCUAAACAGCCAAUAGCAAUGUAGCAUGAGUGCAGCUAUUUCCCAGAAGUGUAGACAACCACACAAACAUGUGUCGAGUAGUAAAAGUGUCAUCACUUUAAUAGAAACCACAGAUUUAAUGAUGCAAGCACAGGGAAGAAAUACAACACGCACAUCUUUUUAUUGUGUUGAUCUUUAUCCUAAGUGGCUGUAAACGUAUACUUAACUGUUAUCUCACCUGUCAGCUGUUCCCAGGGGCAUCACUUGUGAAGAAGUGACAGAGAAAUAUUGGGUUAAAGUGAAGCCCAAGACUUCGGAUGUAAAGUAAAGUUACCAAGUCUGCUGAAUGGUGUUUUUGUGUGUUAAAAGCUGCUUUGAAACUUCUUAGCUUCACAUUUGUUAUCAUCCAAAAAGACAAAAGCUCUGACUUUUUUAGUCUCGCACUUACUGUGUCAUUAUUAUUAAUAGUGAGCUCCAGGGUUUUUUACUUUGAAUUUUAUGUUUUUAUCUAUCAAUCAGCAAGUGACAGCAGUGCUACUUUGACAGCAUCCAUCAGAGUUACUUUUAUUCUCACUUCCUGGAGGGCCUUUAAAACUCUCUCAUCGAGCCGCCAGUGGGAAGAUGUUGUGACAAGCUUUUCUGCCUCUGUACAAAAAGCCUGAUUGUUUUCCGUAUGGUCGCAGCGUGUGUCCGUGGGUCUGUUCGGCUCCCGCAGACCUUUUCUCCCAUGCACUCGGAGCUGGAUUCCAGGGUGUAAUUCACCCAUGACCAGGUGGUGGCACUAUAGCCUCACUGUCCUGUCACUGAGGCAUGUGUCACAGGCUGAAAAACAUACACUGCUUUUAUUUAGAGCAGUUUUGUAUCAUUUUGGUGAGACAAUUCAAUAGAGAAGCCUGCAUACUGGAUGGUUUCUUCCUUAUUGGUCCUUUGGGUGAUGUUUAGAAAUCAGUUGUUCUUCAUUAGAGUACAUGGGCUGACAGUUAAAGGUCAAAAUGCUGCGUUGCCAUGUAAACCAUGCAACUGUGUCGCUGCUCGCAGGUCUUGCCUGCUUUACACCUGUAAAUGCUCUCCCUCCAGUCAGUGCAGUAUGACUUAACAGGCCGUUCAUCAGUUAGAGACUUGAAUUCAUGGAUACACUCCAUACUCACUCACUGUAAAUUAAACUGUCAACUAUGUGUACGUGUCUGAUAUGAAAUUUUAAACACUGAACUGUAAUUAUUCAAUUAGACAAUUUUUUUUCAACUAGCAAAACCUUAUGUCUAAUUUCCGCAUGAAUGUCACCUUGUCUUUG